AUGACCAAGCUGAAGAUGAAGGAUCUGCGCGGCAAGAAGAAGGACGAUCUGCUGAAGCAGCUGGAGGAGCUGAAGCAGGAGCUGGCCAACCUGCGCGUCGCCAAGGUGACCGGCGGCACCGCCUCGAAGCUCUCCAAGAUCCGCGUCUUCAGAAAGAACAUCGCCCGCGUGCUGACGGUGAUCAACCAGACGCAAAAGGAGAACCUCCGACGGGUGUACCGCGGCAAGCCGUGGAAGCCCAUCGACCUGCGUCCCAAGCUCACCCGUGCCAAGCGCCGUGAGCUGGCGCCCGAGGAGAAGGCCCUGAAGACGCGCAAGGAGACCCGCAAGCUGCGACUCUGGCCCCAGCGCAAGUACGCCCUUCGCGCGUAG